UGCAUGACAGGCCCUCCCCCACCCUACCCCGAGCAGGACUGGAGAACUGGGUCUGGGCCGAGGAUAUGGCCUUUGUCCCCAUGGCUGUGCCCUGGAGCCCUGAGCACCAGAUGCAGAGGCUGCAGGUGACCCGGAAGCUGCUGGAGACAGAGGAGCAGGCCACCUUCCCGGUGGGAGGCACCAUCCCUCGUUACCUGUACCUGGCCAGCAACCACAGCAACAAGUGGGGUCACCCUCGGGGCUACCGAAUCCAGAUGAUCAGCUUUUCUGGGGAGCCGCUGCCACAGAACAGCUCCAUGGAGAGAGGCUUCAGCUGGGAGAGGUGCCAGCUGGCUGUGACCCAGCGGAAGGAGGAGGAGCCCAGUAGCAGCAGCAUCUUCAAUCAGAAUGACCCUUGGGCCCCCACUGUGGAUUUCAAUGACUUCAUCAACAAUGAGACCAUUGCUGGAAAGGACUUGGUGGCCUGGGUGACAGCUGGUUUUCUACACAUCCCACAUGCAGAGGACAUUCCUAACACGGUGACUGUGGGGAACGGCGUGGGCUUCUUCCUCCAACCCUACAACUUCUUUGACGAAGACCCCUCCUUCUACUCUGCCGACUCCAUCUACUUCCGAGAGGACCAGGAU